GCACCGCGUUGACCACUCGUCACUCAUCACAUGACCCGCGCCACUGUACCCCGGUAGGCCAUAUUUGACAGUGAGCCACUAGUUUAGCGACGUGAGCGACGUGAAGAUCGCUCUGCGUUCGACGAUCUCGCGCGACCGAUCCCCGUGCAACCUGUAAAUACUGCUCGCGAUCGAUUCGACCACCGAGACCCGACAAACCAGGCCACAAUGAGUGCAGAAGACCCCCCAAUGUACUCGCCGUUCUUCGGCGUUAUGGGCGCCGCCUCUGCCAUCAUAUUUUCUGCUCUGGGAGCAGCGUAUGGCACAGCAAAAGCUGGUACAGGAAUCGCAGCGAUGUCUGUCAUGAGGCCAGAAUUAAUCAUGAAAUCGAUUAUUCCCGUUGUCAUGGCGGGUAUCAUUGCCAUUUAUGGUCUUGUAGUGGCCGUACUCAUUUCCGGCAAUCUUAGAAGCGCCGCAGCCGGUUACGAUCUGUAUGCGGGUUUCACCCACUUGGGUGCUGGUUUAGCUGUAGGCUUCUCUGGUCUAGCAGCCGGCUUUGCUAUUGGUAUCGUGGGCGAUGCUGGUGUGAGAGGCACUGCUCAGCAACCUCGUCUUUUCGUCGGUAUGAUCCUGAUUCUGAUCUUCGCCGAAGUAUUGGGUCUCUACGGUCUGAUCGUCGCCAUCUACCUAUACACCAAGGUGUAAAGGUGGAUAUAAAACGGUCAGUAGCGGCAUUCUACUACCUGCCAUGGCUCCAUGCAAGACAUGUCGCCUGCAACCAACAGCGUUCCCCGAUUAUUAUUAUGCUACAAAACUUGUUUCGACAUAUUUUACUUAAUCACGUUACUCCAUGCAUACCUAUCUAAUUAUCCAUUUCGGCUCAUCUCUGCGCGUCCCCCUGUAAUAUCAUACUCAAAAGCAAAGAUCGAUUUAGCGUCCGGACAUUUAACUACACCACGCGUUACUUGUCACACGAACCGCAUAAUUAUAUAUCGAAAUUGCUGCGACCGAAGAAGUGCUGCCGAUUUCUUUUCCUCUUGAUUUCGCGCGACACCGGAGCGCCACAGCACAUUUCGACAUUGCGAAUGUAUAGCGGAUAAAAAGAAGGAGCGUGGAAAGCAAAGAUCGACAGGGAAAUACAUAUGUAGGAAAAAGAUCUCCUGUGUUAAUCCCAUUGUCGAACAUUUCUCUUUCACUGUAUAGUAAUCAUUUGUAGCUUAGUACGACAUUGAAUUACCAGAUAAAAUAAUCGGCUCUACUGAGUGUAUAAAGGAAAACAUGUUAUUGAUAAAAGAAUAUUUAGCACAAUUAUAUAUAUAAAUAUAUUAUAAAUGCAACCGGGAGAAGUCAGUUACGCGGAUAGGAAUCACGCAAAAAAACAAAAAAAAAGAAAACGAAAUUAUAUCAUCGGAGUAGAGAAAUAUGUAAGUGUAGGUGCGACACGUAUAAUUGCGUGUGAUAAAACGGCGUAAUAUAAAAA